CUCAUUUUUUACCCACUUUCUCCCCCAAAUUAUUAUUAUUCUCUCUUAUCUCUCUCUCUCUCUCUCUCUUUUAAUCCAUCAAAAUAAAAUAAAAAGCUUUCUCCUUUUUGCAUUUUAAUUCCUUUCAUCUCACUCCAAUAAUCCCCUGAUCUCCGAUCCACUCACCAAAACAUAAUCUCCCUCAAAGGGUCUCAUAAAAAUCUAAUCUUUUUCAUGGGAAACAUCAGCAGCACCGGCGGCGAAGGUAGACGCCGUCGCCGGCGAAGCAACUCUCUUCCAACCUCCGCUCCUCCUCCUCCUCCACCACCACCGCCACCACCUCCGGCAACAGAACCUCCACCUAAUCGAAUCGUCUUCGCCGCAGCUACACCGUACCCAAACCCUAACCCUAAUCAGCAUUACCACCAGUACCCUGGCUACUACCCUCCUCCGGGAACCAUCCCCUACGACCACAACCACCACUAUCCACCACCUCCUCCUCCUCCUCCGUAUCACCACCAUCCUUGGACCGCCGGCGGGAGAUAUCCUUAUCCCGGACCAAUGAUCCCCCAACAGCUUCCGUGCGUGGAGCAUCAGAAAGCCGUUACGAUUCGUAACGACGUGAAUCUAAAAAAAGAGUCUUUGAAGCUUGAACCCGACCCGGAUAACCCGGGUCGGUUCCUAGUCUCCUUCACGUUUGAUGCAACUGUCUCCGGAAGGGUUACAGUUAUUUUCUUUGCUAAAGAGUCUGAAGAGUGUGUUCUCACAGCGACUAAGGAAGAUAUUCUACCGCCAAUCACUAUGGAUUUUGAGGUAGGACUUGGUCAGAAGUUUAAGCAAGCUUCUGGUACGGGGAUAGAUUUCUCUGUGUUUGAAGAUUCUGAGCUGUUUAAGGGGGCGGAAGCUGAUGUUUAUCCCUUGGCGGUUAAGGCUGAAGCAGCAGCUGAAGGUGAAGAAGAGAGUUUGGGGUCGAAGAAUGCUCAGAUUACUCAGGCAGUGUAUGAGAAGGAUAAAGGGGAGGUUAAGAUAAGAGUGGUGAAGCAGAUACUAUGGGUUAAUGAGACUAGGUAUGAGUUGCAGGAGAUUUAUGGGAUUGGGAAUAGUGUUGAUGGGGAUGAUGAUGAGGGUGAUGAUGCUAAUGAUCCGGGGAAGGAGUGUGUUAUUUGUUUGUCUGAGCCACGAGACACCACUGUUCUUCCUUGUCGGCACAUGUGUAUGUGCAGCGGAUGCGCUAAGGUGUUGAGGUUCCAGACAAAUCGAUGCCCGAUUUGUAGGCAGCCUGUAGAGAGGCUUUUGGAGAUAAAAGUUCAUGGUAAUAGCGGAAGUGGGAACAAUACUGGACAAGGAGCAACGGCUGAACAAGAGUAGUUGAAACACGGUUGAGUAUGGAUCGAAUGUUACAACUUCCUUCGACCAUUGAUCAUAUAUAAUUAUAUAUAUGCAUGUUUUAUAUGUGUUGACAAUAAUGUGUGUGAUUGCUAAUUUAUAUAACACAGAAAAUUCCAAGUUGUCUCUAUCCACAAUCCUUAUAAUGUCAGUAGAUACAACAAUGUACAUGCAGA